UGCACUCUUCUCUUUUUCUUUCUUUUGGAUAGCACACCAAUAUAAAACAACCAGUUGCUGAGUCACCGUUGGCUGAUCUGUCACGCUCUCGCUCUAUGUCUGGGGUAGAGACACUACCUAUGUAGUUACGACAUAGUAAUAGUAUGCUGUUGUAUCGCCCCUCAUGUGACGCAGAUUGUUUUACAGGAUGGCGGGUUCGACUGCUUGUAUGCGAUGGUACUGGCGCACGGAAAAGGAAGUAUUCAGAUCUUCCAAACAAAUCAUUUUCCGCAUAAAUAAUGCCGUUUACUUAGUGCAAUCGAAACUCUAAAAUCGGCCCUCGGAAGCAGAACAAAAAGUAAGUACGGCUCCACAUUUCCAGAGCAUAACAGAGACAACACGCAGCGAACGAGACUUAAGUAAGUCCUCAACUAACUAGUACUAAGUACUGUACUUCCUACUCGUCCAACACAAUAAUAAUCCCACCAUGUCCAAGCGCUCACGACGAGAAUCCGUCUCUUCAUCACUCUCAGACCAAUCGUACUCGGCACUAUCGCCCUCCUCACGAGCCCCUUCGACUCCACCGCCCUCCAAGCUUCCCCAGCUCGACAAUGAUCCCGACACUCGUCAUCCCUCCUCCUCCUCCUCCACCGACGUGAUGCGGUGCUCACUCCCUCCGCACAGAGAAACCCUCUCCUUCGCAUCGUACGAUGAGUACGAAGUCCAUUAUGUCCAGGUGCAUGUGAACCGGUGUUCGGAAUGCGGCAAGAAUUUCCCCACAGAGUUAUUUCUCAAUUUACAUAUUGAGGAGAAUCAUGAUGCGUUGGUUGCUGCGAGGAGGGAGAGGGGUGAGAAGACGUACGGCUGCUUCGUCGAAGGGUGCGAUCGAAAAUGCUCUACCCCGCAAAAGAGGAGGAUGCACUUGAUUGACAAACAUAUGUUUCCACGAACAUACAAUUUCUACAUCAUCAACGAUGGAAUCGAUAAGCAGAACUCUAUGCUACGAUCAUCUACAACAAAUACCCAUCGACGAAGGAUAUCAGCAGCUCCUCCUACCUCUCCGCAGGAAGGUCGGCUGAGACGUCGAAAGGCAUCGUUGACUUGUAAUACGUCUGGUUCUUCUUCGGCUCAGGCUCAGGAUCAGGAUCAGGUUCAAGCUCAGCCUACGCUGUCGUCGUCAUCGACGACAGAGAUGGAAAUGAUGGAUUUGGAAGAAUCUAUGGCUGCUUUGAGGUUUGUUCCUGUUAGUGUUAUGAGGAAUAGGGGGAAGGGGAAUCGAUGAGGAAGAAUCAAAUGUUGAUUUUUUGAAUGGAGUUGAGAAGUUGACUUGGGGAAAAGACUUGGUGAUUUUUUUGGUUUCUUUUUGCAUUGCGUUGCGAUUGGGUAUAUCAUAAUGACGAGAUGACCUCAUAGAUACAUACAGGUUGAUUUUACACUUUUUUCUAACAC